AUCACCGGGUAUUUAGGUAACUAACCAUCCCGGUCAAAAAAUGCAGAGAACGCUGUUGUCCCGGGAUUUGGGGGCUGACGGUGCCUCUUCUCCUUAGGCAUCUGGGCCUUCUGGCCGACAGCAGAUGUUUCUGAGGUGCUGGGAAGACAACACUUCUGAACUAUAUUUUGACAGAGCAGCAUAGUAAAAGAAUAGCAGUGAUUUUAAAUGAAUUUGGGGAAGGAAGUGCAGUGGAGAAAUCGUUAGCUGUCAGCCAAGGUGGAGAACUCUACGAAGAAUGGCUGGAACUUAGAAACGGUUGCCUCUGCUGUUCCGUAAACAUGUAUGCAUCCAUUUCCCUUCCCUCCCCCAAACUGGUAAACACUGGAUGGACAUGUUGUUAGAAGCUGGGGAGUGAGGUAAAUUUUCACAUACCUAAAGAUAUUUUUAUCCCUGGUUGCUAAAUAUAUUUUAAAAUGUUCGUGGUGAUCACUUUAAAAUAUUCAGGCAAUCAACUGUAUAUCAUGUUUUGGUAUUCUCCAGGGACAGUGGCCUUAGAGCUAUUGAGAAUUUGAUGCAGAAGAAAGGGAAAUUUGAUUACAUACUUUUAGAGACCACUGGAUUAGCAGAUCCUGGUGCUGUAGCUUCUAUGUUUUGGGUUGAUGCUGAAUUAGGGGUUGAUAUUUAUCUUGAUGGUAUCAUAACUGUUGUGGAUUCAAAAUAUGGACUAAAACAUUUAGCAGAAGAAAAACCUGAUGGCCUUAUCAAUGAAGCUUCUAGGCAAGUUGCUUUGGCGGAUAUCAUCAUCCUCAAUAAAACCGACUUGGUUUCAGAAGAGAAUUUAAACAAAUUAAGAACAACUAUUAGAUCAAUAAAUGGACUGGGAAAAAUUUUAGAAACACAAAGAUCAAGAGUUGAUCUCUCAAAUAUAUUAGAUCUUCAUGCCUUUGACAGUCUCUCUGGAAUAAGUUUGCAGAAAAAACUUCAACAUGUGCCAACAAUACAACCUCACCUUGAUCAGAGUAUUAUUACAGUCACAUUUGAAGUACCAGGAAAUGCAAAAGAAGAAAGUCUAAAUGUCUAUAUUCAGAAUCUUCUGUGGGAAAAGAAUGUGAGAAACAGAGAUGACGACUGCAUGGAGGUCAUACGGCUAAAGGGGCUGGUGUCCAUCAAAGACAAACCACAGCAAGUGAUCGUCCAGGGUGUCCACGAGCUAUAUGAUCUGGAGGAGACGCCAGUGAACUGGGAAGAUGACAGUGAGAGAACAAAUCGAUUGGUCCUUAUUGGCAGGAAUUUAGAUAAGGAUAUUCUUAGACAACUAUUUAUAGCUACUGUGACUGAAACAGAAAAGCAAUGGACAACACAUUUCAAAGAAGAUCAAGCUUGUCCAUAACACUAGAAGCAUCGCCAAAAGGACUGGAUGAUAAAAUUGGAAAUUAGUUUCUUAUUGGAUUUAUUUCAAGUGUCUAUUCUUUGCAUUACUUCUCUUAUGAGUUCCAGUGUAUACUUUAAAAUAGUAUUUAUUUUAUAGAAUACGUAAAAUAUAGUAAAUCACUAUUAUAAAACAUUUGGCAUUCAUACAAUAAAAGACGUCCUCUGACUUUUUUUUUUGUAGACAGACGAUUCACAGACAUAUUUUUCAGAAUUGGGUUUGGAGUUUACAUAUGCUGAAUUUCUCACCUAUGGAAGU